CAACCCCCCCCCCCCCCCCCACCCCGCUCAACACUUCAAAGCCUACCGAAAACUACCGAAAAAUCUGAAACUCCUACCGAAAACUACCGAUAAAAUUUUGAUGCGCCUACCGAAAACCGCAAAAAUAAUCUGGCCACUCUGAUCGUCGGCUCGUUGUUGGCCAGCUGUCAAGCCGCUGAUAGCUGUCAAACUCUUUUGCCUCCACAUUUUUCCGUGUUCAGCACGUUCGCGUUUUGUGCGUACAGAAUUUAAUCGAAAAAAUGGGUUUCGCCAACUUGUGGUACUCGCAUCCGCGUAAAUACGGACAGGGCUCGCGUUUCUGCCGUGCCUGCUCCAACAACCACGGAAUGAUCCGAAAGUACGGUCUGAACAUUUGCCGACAGUGCUUCCGCGAGUACGCCAAGGAUAUUGGCUUCAGGAAGCUGGAUUAAAUGUGAGAACACAUAUUUUCUCCACAUUUCAUCGCACAUGACAUCAAGAUCGGGAUAUUUGCAGCUUGCUGGCAGUGAACGUGCGUUGGAAUGAAAUCGGCAAAUAAAUAACGUAAAAAUCAA